AUGGGUGCAACCCCGUUUCACCAUUCUGUCCUCGAGGUCCGGCUGCCAAAGAAUUUUGACAAGCCGACAGACAUGAGGUACGAUAGGACACAAGACCCCCUGGAACAUCUGACGGCCUUCGAGGCCAGGAUGAACUUAGAAGGGGUAGGAGAGGAGGUCCGAUGUCGCGCCUUCCCGGUCACCCUGGCAGGACCCGCGAUUCGGUGGUUUAACGGCCUCCCACAGGGGUCUAUCUAUAGGUUUUCGGACAUCAACCGUGCCUUCUUAGCUCAAUUCACAACCCGGAUAGCAAAGGCAAAGCACCCGAUCAACCUACUCGGGGUAACCCAGAGGCCCGGGGAGAUGACCAGGAAAUACCUGGACCAGUUCAAUGACGAGUGCUUGGAGAUCGACGGCUUAACCGACUUGGUGGCCAGCCUUUGUCUGACGAACGGUCUCCUUAACGAGGACUUCAGAAAACACCUCACCACAAAUCCGGUCUGGACUAUGCACGAGAUCCAAACCGUAGCCAAAGAGUACAUAAACGAUGAGGAAGUUAGCCGAGUUGUGGCUGCCAACAAACGACAGCCCUCCUACAAUCAACCCAGGCAACACGGUAACGGAGAAAGGCAGAAGGAGUAA